AAACUCCCUUUAUCCACUCCCAUUCUCUCUGUGUUUUUCGUUUCGGUUUCAGUUUCAGUUUCAUCCAUGUCCAAGAUGAGAUCCGAUCGGAAGCCUCCGCUGGCCAGGUCUCCUGCCCGUCUUCGUCCUCGUCGCGGACUUCGUUCCUCUGCAAACAUUCCCCAAUCUCCGCCUGGUUCUUUGACGAAAAGCCAAGUGCCAGUUCGGCCUCCGGACGUCGACGAAUUGGAGCUUCGCCCCGAGUAUCGCACCAUAUCCUGCGAGCUCCGAGCCCUGGCGAAGAAGGUUCAAGACGAAUUCGGAAACGCAGGUUCGACCAACGCCGGCUUCGCGAACAAUGCCGGCGCGAUUUCGAGUCCUCUGUUCGAGAGAGGUCGAUUCUACGAGGCGUACAGUGCCAGAAGAAACGAGAGGCUGAAGAGGAAAAAGGGCGAAACCGGCGACGAGAGAAAGAGCGCGGCGUAUGAUCUGGGCGUCAAGGUGGAGUCGGCGAAGCGAAGGGACUCCAAGAGGCUCGAGGCGUUGAAAAGAUCGGUGGCUUCUACGCCGGCGACGGCCGACCGGGCAGAGAAGCCGAGGUAUUUGCUGAGGAGCAUGACCAAGGAGAACAAGAAACCGCCUUUGCCUUCUAUGAGUUGCGGCCAGAAAACGGCGGCCUCUAGGGUUCCGAAAAGCUGAUUUUUCUGAACUGGGUUCGUGAAGAUUCUAUCAAGGCUCGGAUGUUUUGAUUCGUUUCAGAUGGUUAUGGUGUUUCAAACUAGUUGUUUGAUGGGACUUAGUGUGGUUGGACGCGGUUUCCUCGGAAGAGCUCGAGGAAACUGAAUCCAUGGAGUUCUCAAUCUGGACAUACAUAUUCGCUUUGAAAACGUUUUUUGGUCCUUGGGGGUCAAUAUGGUUUUAAAUUGAAUAGUUAGAUCCAUUUUGUUU